UGAUGUAAAUGUUCACAAACCGCAAAAGUUGGCGUGAUUUGAUUCACAACCAUUUGGUGUGGUGUUUACGCCUUAGAUCGCAUUAGAGCAACGACCCGAAAUGGAAUGGACAGCUGCUAACAUGUAUGAAGAUGACUCGGAGCUUCUUCGUCAACGAUUCAACCCAUUGUUGAUCCAUCACUCGCUGUUGUUGUCCUGGGCAGACGACGAUGAGGAUGAACUCGUCUUACAGGGAUGUAAAAUAAUCCACCAGGCCGUUUUAGAUGCCUUCUACAGGCAGAAGAGAAUCUGUCAUCCGUAUUUGACAAGACCGUCAUUGCUGCUGAAUUCUAGAUCAGAAACACCCUGGACAAGUUUAUGGCAGAGAUUCCGUGACGCUUGGGAAAGAGGCCCCCUAGGACGAGCCGACGUUGACGAAACAGCAACACCUAGACCAGGACGACGAAGUUUGGAUGCUUUCCAAGUGUCGGGCGACAGAUAUAUUCGUCAUGCUCUGACGCUGCUCAAGGAGACACUGAUGACAAUGGAAGACGCUCGAAUCGAGUGGCCGAGUCACGAACAAAUUGUGGAAAACUCAAACAUCAUACAUAAUCGGCAUCCUUUACUGCUGUCUGGCUUCGGUUUUGUUGAUGGACUCAGUCUACCUAUAAAGACACCGACAGACGAAGAAUUACAGGAAGAAUACUACAACGGAUGGAAGAAAACACAUUGUGUUAGUAACUUAUUGGUCUUUUCUCCUGAUGGGUGUAUAAUUUGGGCUAGCAUAAAUGAUCCGGGUCGCUACAAUGAUUCUCGAGUCGCUGGGAACUUGUAUCCUGUUCUCCUUGAUCCUACUAGGACUCCAGGAGCAUACUAUUUAAUCGCCGAUACGGCCUUCCCUCGAGUGUCGGAUAGGCUGAAGCAAAAAAUAAAGGCUCCAAUUAAAUCCAAUGAUCGGCUAGCUCAAGAUCCCGUCGAGCGUCACACUCUUCAACAAUUUAGCUCGGAGCUGACGUCGUGUAGGCAGGCGGUGGAAUGGGGUAUGAGGGCUCUACAGGGCUCAUUCACUAGAUUGAAGCGUAAGCUUCCAGGUGGAGGAACUCAAAAUGGUGAUGAUAACUACCGGAUCGAUUUAAUCAGUACUUGUUUACAUCGCUUCAAUCUCAGAACUCGUCGUGUUGAAAUCAAUCAGAUCAAGAGAGUCUAUGAAGGCUUGUGA